ACACUAACACACGAAACUCACAAACCAACCUCACUCAAGAAAAAGAAAGAAAACAGAGAAUUUCUAAAAAAAGAUUCUAAAUUCUUUUGUAAGUGAGUGAAUGCAGAGAUGAUGAUGGAAGAGAAACUUGUGAUAAGUGAACUGGAACUAGGCAAAGAUCUUGCGAAUCAACUGAUGAGCAAUCUCAAACACACUUCUUCUUCUGCUGAUUCAAACAAAACCUUGAUCUCUGAGAUCCUCCGUAUUUACCAGAAUGCUAUUUUCAUGUUGAGCCUCAACGAAGACAAGAACACCCUUAAACGAAGAAGCCCUGAGAUCGAUGAUGACAAGGAUUCUAAAAUCAUGUUCAAAAAGAGGAAAACAUCGGAGAAGAAGACUGAGAAAGUUAAGGUUUUUGUUGCAACAGGACAAGACAAUGGUUCAAUUGAAGAUGGUCAUUGCUGGAGAAAAUAUGGACAAAAAGAGAUUCAUGGAUCCAAAAACCCUAGAGCAUAUUACAGAUGCACGCAUCGAUUCACACAAAACUGUGUAGCAGUGAAGCAAGUUCAGAAAUCAGACACAGAUCCUUCGGUUUACGAAGUGAAGUAUCUCGGAAACCAUACUUGUAACAACAACAUGGCAUCCCCGAAAGCGACAACGACGACCAUGAACUUCUCUGUUUCAAUGUUCGAAGAAGAAAGAAACAGAGUGAAUGUCACUGAGCGAUCUGAAGAAAUCAAACCGAAGAAAUCCGAAGAAGUGAUGAUAAAUCUUGAAGAUCUGGAGAACAAGAAGAACAUUUUCAGAACGUUUUCUUUCCCUAACCAUGAGUUUAAUGAGAAUGGCCAGUGGAAAAGUAACCUUUUCUUGGGAGAGCUUUCUCCUGCGACAUCAGGAUCUGGAAUCACAAGCGAGAUUGUAACUGCACCUGCUUCUCUUGAGAAUUCUGAAACUGCAGAUUCGUAUUUCUCAUCGUUGGACAAUAUUAUCGAUCAGGAUUGGUUGUGGUCUGCCCUUUGAUGAUUGGUCAAUGUAAUUGUCGCUUCAAUGAUGGCAGUAAUUAUAUAUAGAUGGUGGGUUUAAUUUCAGGUUUAUAGUAUAGUAUAGUUUAGGAUUUUUACAUGAGUUUGGCCCUUUUCUUUUUUCAGCAGGGUUUAUGAAUUUCUCUAUGAAGUUGGAUUGUACUUUAUGACAAUUAAUGAAGAAAUGAUUGUAUUAAGGUUUAUUUGAUAA